AAUAAACAUAACAAAGCGUCUUUCUGUCAUAAAAAGGGCAAGAGCAGGAGCAAAGUACCAAACUUUUUCCUCUCAAAUUCACAACUUGGCCUCUGUAUUAUUGUUUGCUUUCUUCUAUGUCCACUUUCUCCUCCAUUUCUUCAUUUCGUACUUCUAAACUUUUCUCUCACAAAGAGGACGAACAAAAAAUGUAUGCAGAUUCAGGGUUAAUGCUCCGUUACAUGCAAACUUGUUCUCCAGAUAUUCACCAAUUUGAAGACCUCUUCAAAUCAUACAAGCUCUCAGAUGAUGAAAUGAGAAACGCUUUUGCUGGGCCAUCAAACAUCCCUGAGUAUGAUACUGGAGAAGAAGGAGAUCUAUUCAAAGCUCCUGAUUCAAUUCUUGAAGAGUCAAUCUUAACCGUUGAUCCACUCUCAGCUGCCUUAACGAUGAUCUCUUGCGGGGAAGACUCUUCCCAAGGGCUUUGUGAUCUUCCUGAUCUCGAUCUUGGGUUGUUUCAGAGUGGUCAGCAGCUUCUUGACAAAGCCUUUUAUGAAUGCGAGCAAGGUCUCACGAUGAAAUCAGCUAUGAUGGAGUCUCCACUCGCUGAUGUUUUAGACGUAAAGAACAUCUCUCUCGUGACAACGGGGAUCGAUGAGAGCCACGAUACGCAGAAGACCGUAAGCUCGGGGAACUUGAGCUCUAUGGAUCGGUCACAUGCACAUCAAGAGGCUGUUGUGGUUCAGAAUUUUCCUGAUUUUUCUCACUUGGAUUUUAGUUCUGAUUAUGGGAUGCGACGAGCCUUUAGUGAAGGCGACAUACAGAAACUAGGGACUGGUCAUUUUCAAUCUCCACUGGAUAGGAUUAUUGUGAGCUGUACUUCGGAGGAUCGACGUGAGAAGCUUUCUAGAUACAGGAACAAGAAGAGCAGGCGAAAUUUCGGGCGUAAAAUCAAGUAUGCUUGUAGGAAAGCUCUUGCAGAUAACCAACCGAGGAUCCGAGGAAGGUUUGCGAAAACAGAGGAGAGGAAGUAAAAUGGUUUCAAAUGAAUGGGGCUGAGGCAAAAGGAAGAACUUGAAAACAUAAGGAGAUAAAGCCUCUCCUGCAUUAGAAACUAGUUUUGUUUAAUAUCUAAUAUAUGUUUAGAAUUAAAAUGUUAUAAGCCUUUAGUUAGUUUUUUUUGUAUAUACAUGGUUUCUCUGAAUAAGCUUUUUAUGGAAAGAAAUGUAGCUACAGAAGUGUCAUGUAAUGGAGGUGAAAUAUGUAAAAAUGUAUGUAUGUGUAAAAUUCUAAAUAUAUUUAUUAUAUAUAUAUGUGAAAUGAAAAAGUGAUUGAUGUUU